AUGAAUAUCAAGAUGUCUGAUGAUGAAGAAAUUGAUGAAGAUGUUGAUCUGUCUGUCAUCAAAAAAGCCAUUAAGAUUUCGGGUAACAUGAUUGAACAGAUCUUAAAAGGCAUCCACUACGGCUCACCAGAGGUACGAUGUCUGCUCUACAGUGAAUGUGACUAUAUCUUGGAAUGCAAAGUCUGUAGGAAUUUGUUCCGUUCUCUACCAAAUUUUGUGGCCCACAAACGAGCCUAUUGUCAAAGUGCUUAUCAAGAGUCAGAAACCUUUUUUAAUGAUUUAAAACCUGAUGAAGAAACAAUCAUUGUCCAGCCCGAAGCCCCAGAAACUUCAAGUACAUGUAGUCAAAAGCGCUGCAAACCUAGAACACUAGAAUCCACUAUUAAAUUGCUCAAAGAUGGCAUCUUGGGUAAAUCGGAUGCUUACAAAGUUUAUUCCAAAGCUGCAGAUAAAAUGGAAAGACAGAAGGAAUUCCGCAAAACUCAGACGUUAACCUUUGAACCCAUACCAAAUACAACAAAAGCUAUGAAGGUUACAGUAAGCAAUGGUGAACCUGUGGAGUCAGUGAUUGAAAAUUCUGAUUCUGACCAGGUGAGAGAAACGUCAACUCUCCAAUCUACACCAACAGCAACUCUCCAAUCUUCACCAACAACAACUCUCCAAUCUUCACCAACAGCAACACUGAAAUCGAUGCUAUUGAAAUCAGCUCUCGAAGGUGAUGGUGCUGUGAGUAAUUCACAUGCUGUCAAUCCAGCGUCGAGCGGAAAUUCGUCAUCUCUGUCCAAGUCAAAUACCAAGUCUUGUCCAUCGCCAACCAAAAUGACUUCACUAAUCUCCCCGCCCAAAAAAAUGACUCUUCGAUGUAAAGAGGGAAUAAACAGUAUGCCAUGGAAAAAAGCACGGAAGGAAGAUAACGAGCCAGACAGCCCUCAACGGGGAAUGGAUUUCAAAAAUCUGUUAUGUUUGGACUGUAAUACUGCCUUUCGUUCCCGGAAAACACUUAUUUUUCAUUAUCAAAAUGCCCAUUGUGGACAGCGGACAUUUUUCCCCUGUCCAUGUUGUAAGAGUGUCUUUUUCUAUAUUUUUGGCCUCACCCGUCAUUUGAUGCGCAAUCAUAACAAAUCGAAAGCUCAGGUUGACAAAAUGCGCUCCAAAUUGAAAAAGAGUGCCUUUGUAAAACAAGUAACCGAGCAGUGUCAAUCGGCACGGCAACAGAUCCACCAUGUUAAGGAACUAGAUGCGGAAGCAGCUAAAAAAUUAGAAAGUGCUUUGGAUAAGCAGCCAGAUCGCUUAACAUCGAAACUGAAUAUAAAAAGAGAAGCUGCGGAUAUAAUUCAAUGUGAAAGCUACUCGUCCCCUACAAAAGAUGGCGAACAUGUCUGCUCAAAUUGUGGUCGGUCCUUUGGCAAAAAAAUCAGUCUUCUAAAUCAUCGAAAAAUAUGUCUAACUACCGGUAUGGCAUGUGAUGCCAAUAACAAAGCAAAAUCAGACUCGACAACGGAGGCUAAGAAACCUAUUAUCAAGAACACUGGACAAUCAGUGACAUCAUACAAAAAGAUCAAGUCUUCUGCUCUAGGUAAGCGGUUCAGUUCUAGAUCAACCAGUCAGAGAUUAGAUUAUGCCAAGAUGAUAAGCUCUGGGAUUUCAUCAAACAGUGAGGAAGAGGAUACUAGUACAACAAAGACGUCACCGGAAAGCAAAGAGAAAAGUUCACCGGAAAAAGAGAAAACCGAAGAUGGUAAGAGCUUCAUUCAACGAUACAGAAACCUUCGUGGUCAAUUUGUACCAGCAUCCGACAAACAAGAGAAUAACAAAAAUAAAGAUCAGAUGGAAAAUAUGCAAGAAGAAAAAGAUACUGGAACAAAAAUGGAGGGAACAAAAAUAGAGGUUGAGGACACGGGUCAGGAUGUAAUGAAGAAGGUUCGCGUUGUCGAAGAAAUUUGGGUUGACAAACAGCCUGGACGACCGACAGAAAAGAUCAAAUCGAACCGAACCUAUGUCAUGAAGGCCUCAGCAAGCCAGAAAUUAGAAUGUCAGGACACGAAAAAGGUUACUGCCAUCGUGAAUGAGACUGAAUUACAUUGUAUGCAUUGCGAUCAAGAAUUUAGCAACGUGUCAAAUUUACGGCGUCAUGCUAUUAGACAUUUAGGAUGGAAGCGCUAUAAAUGUAAAAUGUGUAAAUUUAGUAGUUAUAACAAAUCUGAAUGUAAUACCCACCUUUAUCGUACUCAUUCUGAUCGUUUCCGCAAUGUUUCUUCGGUAAACAGCCUAAUUGUUGAUCUGGGAAAAGAAGGGUCGAGGGUCCGUCUGCGCAAAAAGCAACAAACCUUGAUAGAAAAACAGGCGAUUGAAUUCAGAUUAUCGCCUACUCAACACAUUCGUAAACAAAAUAGAAAAAAAAUUCAGAAGAAUGAAGAUCCUUCCCCGAGAAAAAGUAGUGCUGAAGUAAAGGAUGAGAAAAAUCAAGAACGUCGGUUUAACAUUUCAACGCGCAAUUCUCCGCGAGAAUUUGACACUCGUCCUUAUCAGAAAUUGGAUCGUGCGACAACAUUGUGUACAAGAAAAAGUUCUUAUCCGAAAAAGAUAACUCUAAACACACAAACUGAUGACAGUGACGAAGAUGACACACGGUCGAAUUUAUCACACACAAGUGCUAAUUCUAAAUCAAGUAAACUUGACUCUGCGUCUGUUAUAUCAGAUGUGAGUGAACAAAGUGCUAAAUCAAAUUUUGACGACAAUAAAAUGGAAGUUAGUGACACUGACUCUGAGGCAACCAAAGCCAAUAAACAAAAAAAUCCUAAGAUGUUCAGUUCCCGGGAUCUUCUAGUCACGCGAAGGUCAGCUCGUGCGAAUGAGACUGGAAAAUGUUCUCCAUUGAAGCCCAGUUUAUCCAAUGCUUCAAAAUCAAUAGAAGAACAAGAACUCAAAGCAAUUAAAAAUUUAACUAAGGAGAUGAUAGAUUAAUAAAGAUUGACUUGAAUUGAUAGAAAAUUGAUAAACCUAGUCUUGAACUAGAUAUCAGUUAGAUUUGAUUUUUGAGCAAUUUAUGAUUUGGUUUGGGCUUAAAAUACAACAUUUUUUAUCUGAAUCAGUAGAAUUGAAUUGCUUACAGUAGCUCUAGACUUAGAAUAUUAAAAGGCCAUUUUUAAUAAAAAAUGUUAUUUUUUGAUCAAAUAUUAGAUACUUUUAUUUUUAAGAAAGAUUGAUUAAAACAGACUAUAGGCCUACCCAUCACUCAGGGCCAUAUUAUUUUAGAAAAAUUGAGGUUCAAAAUUUUGAAAUGAAUAAUUAAACAUGGAUUAUACAAGAGAAAAAUCUGCCUAUGGCAAGUCUUUCUUUCGGCCUGAAAUGUUAUAUAAAUUAUUAAUAAGACAUUUAUUAACAUGAAAAGACCAUAAUGAACUCUCGAUGCCAUCGAAUGGCUGUGAUAUUUAGUAGAUUUGAUGAAAUAACAAAAAAAACGGAUUAGUAGUAAUGACAAUCGAGGCUGAGAGUGGAGUAAUUUGACUGAAAUUUUCUGCAUAUUCUCUUUUCAUUAUCUAUUUUUAUACGCCGUCAUUUUCAUGUGGACGUAUAAUGUCAUCGCCCCUGACCGUCCGUCCACAAUUUGUUUGUGGACACCCUACAGGUCACAAUUUUUAUUCGAUUUUGACGAAACUUAAAAUAUUGGUCUAUCUAGCAAAGAUCUCGGUUCCUUUCGAUAUUGGCAUAUAUCCGACCAUAACUUCAUGGAUUAUAGCCCCUGAUUGUUUGAAAAAUCACGUUAUUAGCUUGUGGACACUCUAGAGGUCACAAUUUUCAUCUUAUUUUGAUGAAACUUGAAGUGCAUGUUUAUAACCCAAAGAUCUUGGUUUCUUUGGAUAUUUGCGCAUAUUGGAUCGUAACUUCCUGAAUUAUGGCCCCUGAUCGUACGAAAAAUCACGUUUUUAGCUUGUGGUCCCUCUAAUGGUCACAAUUUUUUUAUCCAAUUUAAAAAAACCCAAAAAACGGUUGAAUAUAUCACCAUUACACCCUAAUGAUGAUUGAGUUCGAAUUUUGUGAAAAUCGGACCACACCUGGCAAAAUGGCCGCCCCUCGUACACAAAUAGUGUAAAUAUAUGGUAUAUCAAGGUUGUGGACCCUCUAGAAGUCACAAUUUUGAUGCAGUUUUGAUGAAACUUAAAAUAUAUCUUUAUAACCCAAAGAUCUUGGUUCCUGUCAAUAUUGCUGCAUAUCGGAUUGUGACUUCCUGAAUUAUGACCCUUGAUUGUACGAAAAAUUGCUUUUUGUUUAGCUUGCUCUCUAUCCAUCUCUUGUAAAAUGUGGGCGUAUCUUGCCUGGAAGCCGCUGGUUUAACUAUUAUAUCGAGUACUCUCAGUUCUUUAUCUAAUCUUACCUAAUGCCUUUUUAACUGGUCUUGACAGAUAUUUUACUUAAGGAUAAUAACAAAAAUCUCUGCAUAAAGAUCUCUGAAUAUCCCGGUUAAUAUUAUAUAAAGAUCAAAUAAAUUAAUUAUGAUCAUAAUAAUUAAUGCCAUAUUAUUUAUUUCAAGGUAUAAUAUUAUAUGAAGAUCAAAUACAUUAAUUACGAUCAUAAUAAUUUGUAAUUAUUAAUGCCUUAUUAUUUAUUUCAAGGUACAUGUAUAUUGUCCUUCAGAUUUGUCAACACAUUUGUGCAAAUAAAACAUCAUUUGGUACAUUAAAUAUACCUUACAUUUCUUCACACAUGUCAUGACACAAAUACCGUGCAUUUUAUGAUUCUACUCACACCACCCCCGUUUGUGCCUGACAAAACUGUGACAGGACUGAAUUCUGCAUUGCACUAUUGCAAUUCUGUGAAUUCUGAACAUUCUUGACUCUCAAUCAAGCACCUCCUAGGAGUCUGAUCCCAUUUGAAAGGGGAACAACUCAUUAUAUUUCAUAUUCAGUUAUUUUCAGGUGUCUCAAAGUUCUUAAUUUCAAAUAUAGUUUAGUAUCUGAAUCUUUCCUUAUCUCUUUUAGCACAAAUGAAUAAGGGGUUACAUGUACACCUCUAAUAAAACUUUAUUUUGCUAUUCAAAACCUGUAUCAGUAUUUUGGAACAUUGUACUGAUAUUAUAAAUGUAUUGAAACAAAGAAGCUAAAAAUUUGUACAAAAUUCAUGUAUUGUCUUUAAGGCAAUACACCUGAUCAUAAUUAUGCAUUAAAAUUGUUUUAAUUUGUUAAUUUACAUAAGGUUAUCGUUAUGACCAAGAUUUAUAUCUACCCAGGGUCUUAGUUUGUAUAAACCAUGGUGAGUCUCCUAUUUUAGUAAUAGGCCUUUAUAUGUGGUUUAAUGGUCGAGAGCGAAACAUUAAGUGAUAUAUUGAAAUAACAUUAGUGACGUAGUCACAAGUUGUUGGUUCAAUAUAUUAUGCAAUGUCUUAAGCUCGAGACGAUUAAACAACUUAAAAUACAGACACUUGCACACAUGCUUUGCAAUGAAAUACGUCACACGGUCCAAAAUUUUAACUUGUAUAAAUAAUGUACGCUUGGCACAUUGCCCAUACUAUUAUUCGAAAUAAUUAUAUGCCAACAUCAAAGGAUAACGUGUCAUUACUUUCUUGGGCUUGACACAGCUAUUUAAAUACAACCAUAUUCCUUCUGGAAUAUAAUGUCAUCAUGACUUUCCUUCCCGUAUGUCUCCAAUUAUGAAUACUGUAAAGUUAGAUUUUUCCUUUAUACAAGCAUGCUUUGAUUGGUCGCCUAGUCCUUAGGAGGAAUUCUAUUACAUUUCAGGGUUGUGCAAAAACAAUUUUUUGCACAGUAAAGUUACUGCCCCUGUCACUGAAAUACUGGAGUACCAAGAUCCCAUGUACAUACAUAUAUUGGCGUGCACAUAAAACAACCAGUAUGCCUGUUUUCAUUAGCCCAAUUGGGCUUAAAAAUGGAAUCCCCAAAUUUGUUAUUUUAGCUUUUUUAAAGGAAUUCUGUAGUGAAUUCUAUGGUGAAUUCAAUUCAGAUUCAAACUGAAGGCUGUUAUUCCUACCAAUCUUGCCACUGCCAGGCCUGACGGAUUGGUACUGAACAUGUAAUCAUUAACAAUACUAUAUAGAUGUAUAAACAAUGCUAUAUAAAAGUAUGUCUGUUUAAAAUACAAGAGAUCUGAAUAUAUAUAAAAUGUAAAAUGAAAUCAUACUUUUUCAAAACAAAUUUCACAAAUAUUUUUGGUAGGACUAAAUAUAUCAAUUAUUCAUUUAUCUUGAUAAAUAUUGACCUGGUUAUGAAUCGAGAUACGAAUCGUAACACCUGAAUGACAAUACAUAUCGUAUCAUGACUGCUGUGGCAAUACCUAGCAUUAUUAAUAGUAAUUCAGUGUGGAGAUUGGUAUUAAAUGAAAAAACUUGACAAGAUAUUUAUUUAUGAAAGGUCUAAAAUAUAUUGUGUGUUUCUUACAAUGAACAGAAAACAAACUUUAAGCUAUUAUUAAAAUAAAUGUUCUACUAUUAUCAUGAAUUAAAAUGAAUGUUAUACUAUUAUCAUGAAUUAAAAUAAAUGUUUUACUAUUAUCAUGAAAUAAAAUUUUG